UUCAUCCGGUUUGGGCUAUCAGCUAGCACAGUUGCUGAAGUUUUGUGUUUUUCUAAAUAGUCUGAAAAGUUAUUUUUUAAACGAGUCAUUCAAAAUGUAAUUCUGUUAAUAUUUACUACCAAUAAACACAGCUUUCCCUCGGCGGUUAGCUUGUAGCUGUGCAGCAACAUAAGAUGUUAGUCUGUCAUGAUAUUCGGGCGUAUGCUGUUGAGUCUCAGUUUGCACAGGUCCAGCAAUGUUAGUUUACAGAAACUGAAUGUCGUUAAAAUUUGGAAGCUGCAUUCAUCGUUUACGAACAGUUUUAUUAAAGUAGAAACUUUUCAACCGAAGGUACAGCGAUUUAGAUCUGAGGUUACAGGUCAGACUUGGGUCUGUUUACCAGCUGUGAGUGUAAUGCAGCCAGCCAGCUCCUGCUUUGGAGGGGAGGCCAACACGGUUUCCUCUGAUGGUGAAGAUGAUGAUGAGGAGGGUUACAGUGGUGGAGCUGACACCCUGGUGGAAGUGAAGAGUGAAAUGCAACAAGAUAAGAAGAUGCCCACUGAUCUGGUUGAUGUGAUGGAGGUCCAUAGAAGUAAAGCAGAUGCUGAAACCCCUGCAGUGUUCAAAUCAAAUGAAAAGAAAUCAAAGAGGAAAAUUAGGAGAGAAAAGAUGAAGCUGAUAAAGAAGAAGCUGAAAUCAGUCGAGGCGUCGGCCAGCUUAAUGUCUGAGCUUCCAUUUGCACUGACCAGCCCCACCACAUGGAAAGAGCUUGGAUUCCCCACCCUAGAGACAGCUGAGAAGAAGAGGAAGAGAAAGAGAGGAGACAGCGGGGUCCGACUGGACAGUGAGGAGGAUGUUGAUCAGAAGAAAAAGAAAAAGAGCCAAAGACCAAACUACUUUGUAUCCAUACCCAUUACUAACCCUCAGAUUAAGUCACUUGUCAAAGAGGUCCAGGAAGGCAUAAUUCAGCAGGAGCCCCGCCUGGCCAAAGCUAUGAUCCCAGUUCCGACUCUUCACAUCACACUACUGGUCACUCAUCUGGCCAGUCAGGAGCAAGUGGAGCUAUACUGCACUGGAAUAAAGCGAGUGGAACCAGACCUUUACUCUGACUACAAAAACAAAUUUUUUGGGAACCAGACAGUGGAGCGUUUGGAUUUGUGUUCCAUGUUAAAAAAGAAGCAGCCAGACGGAUAUUACCACACUGACACUUCACUACAGCUGGGAAAACAUGCAGAUAACUCCAGUGUGGAAACUAAAUGA